AGAAAGGCAAGCGAUUGAAAAAAACGUAUCUAACAUGCUGGAUUAUAUAAGAGCUUAGGCAGCGGUCCCUUACUGCACUAGAAUCAUGCUGAACCAACAGGUAGCAGUGGUCAUCCUCUUGGCGAAGGUAGUGUUCGGCGGCGUGGUGGAUGGGAUUAAGCCACAAGAGGCAACGUUGGAGUGUGGAGACACUCUCACUCUUAACUUCACCGACAGAAGGCCGACGGUCCAGUGUUCUUCGCCGUGUCCUGAUGUAAAUACGACUGCCGCCGGACCAGUGUUCAGGCGAGAGGCUCGUCUGGAGGAGUAUGGCUUGAUGGUGAGGCAAGAGUACGGAGAGGACGGCGUGGUGACUUGCUCGCUCGUCGAUGUCAUUUCAGAUUCCGCUGAACUCCAGUCGUCCAUCCAGGCUGAAAUUUGUACUUCAGUGAUUCCUUCCACCACCACCACCACCACCAGUCCUGGAGGCUCUGCUGUGACUGACUCAACCACCUCCAGCCCUGAAGGCCCUAUUGUGAUUGACUCAACAACUACUAGUCCAGAGGGUCCUACUGUGACUGGCUUAACCACCAGCAGUCAAGAGAGUCCUACUGUGACUGGCUCAACCACCACAAGUCCAGAGGGUCCUACUGUGACUGGCUCAACCAACACCAGUCCAGAGGGUCCUACUGUGACUGGCUCAACCAACACCAGUCCAGGAGGUCCUACAGGAGUAAACACUUCCUACAGCACCACCGCUGAGCUCACGUCAACAGUCACAGUAGAAUCGACGACUCUGAUUGAAUGCGUAACCACUGCAGCCCUAGCAACUGCUGAGAAUGUAUGUGAACCUGGAUGGUCGCUUUAUGAGUCAUCAUGUUUCAAAUUCAACAAUGACAAAAAGUUUGCCUGGGUGGAAGGCCUCAGCUACUGCAAUGGUUACGAUGCAGACUAUGCCAAGGUCACUUCGAGAGUUCAGGCCAGUUUCCUCAAAGCUCUUGCGACUGACGAUACGUGGAUUGGUCUGAAUGACAACAACUUCGAGGGAAUCUUCAUAUGGACGGAUAGGUCGCAACCCGCAUUUACUGAGUGGAGUCAGGGAGAACCAAACGGCGACGGUGACUGCACGGAGAUGAGUAAGUCAAACGACUUCUGGUGGAAAGACGCCAGUUGCGCGAUCAUGAAAAGCGUGCUAUGCGAAAAACCCGCUAUGCAGGUGGCUGUGUAGCGCCUCCCUAAGACCCUGCACGUCCACGGCCCUCAUCGGCCUCAGCCAUCCCCAUUUGACAUCACAGGAGAAAACUUUAACAUAUCUAACACAACCGGCCCAUCAGCACUCAAUGUGAAGCAUUAACAAGACUGUCACGCGAGGACUUCAUCUAUAUCUCAUUAUUUCGAUGUAUUUCAAUUGUGUGAAUAAAAUUGUUGAUCUGA